AUGGCGCUGAGACUACAGGCAGUGGAAGUCAAGGCAGCGGAGGAGAUGACUACGAAACACUCAUAUAUCCCUGAACCUUCACCGCCUGAUGCCGUUCAAACUUCUAGAGCCCCGUUUGUGGAUUCCAACCUCGUUUGCGUUGACGAAGUGCUGAUAUAUUAUCAGAAGGCCGGUGGGAUGAACUGUGAUGUCGAACAAUAUCUUCUUGCCACGUCCGAUGAUUGCUACGAUGUGAUUGUGUUGGCUGAAAUCUGGCUCGACUCCUGUACCCUAUCUAGUCAGGUCUUUGGGCCUGAAUACGAAGUUUUUCGCUGCGACCGUGGCCCCAUGAACAGUCGCAAAUCAACUGGAGGAGGCGUCCUAAUCGCAGUGAAUAAAAAACGGAAAGCAAGAGUUAUUUACAACGACUUAUGGGAAUGUGUCGAGCAAGUAUGGGUGCGCUUUCAGCUUUCCCAUCGUUCGGUGUUCCUGUGUGCACUAUACAUACCUCCUGAUCGUGUUCGCGAUGAUACACUGAUCGAAGCUCACACACAAUCAGUCUUGUCAGUGAUAGACAUGACUAAUGCUUCGGACGAAAUCAUCAUUAUCGGUGAUUUCAAUCUGCCAGGAAUUUCGUGGAGUUCCUCCUGCAACGGGUUCCUUCACAUAGAUAUGGAACGAUCUUCAUUACACAGUCACGCCUCCAAACUCCUCGAUUACUACAGCACAGCCACGUUACGUCAAAUCAAUCACGUUACCAACGAAAAUAAUCGCAGCUUGGAUCUGUGUUUUGUUAGCGCUCAGGAAGCUGCUCCGCUAAUUUUGCAUGCUCCAUCACCGUUAGUUAAAGUAGUUAACCAUCAUCCUUCGUUGAUACUCAAGCUGAACAACACGCGAGCCAAUGUUGUUGCAUCGAUCGAGCCCAUAAUCUACAAUUUCCAUAACGCCGAUCAUCAUAGCAUUGCUGAGUUCUUUGCUACAUUGGACUGGGUUGACAUUCUUGGCGGUUGUGAUGCAGAGAAUGCGGCAUUGACUUUAUCGCAUAUUAUUGGACACGUGAUUGAAAGACAUGUUCCUAAGAAAAUCGUCGCUCCUUAUAGUUGUCCUUGGCAGACCCGUCAGCUUCGUAGAAUGAAAACUGCUAAAAGAGCUGCUCUCAAGCGCUAUUCCAAACACGGUCCGGAUGGCAUUCCGUCUGCGUUCUUGAAAAGGCACAUCGAACUUCUGCUCGCUCCCUUUCAAUUGAUUUUCAACAAAUCGCUAUCCAGUGGACUUUUUCCGUCCGUGUGGAAAACCGCUACAAUGUUUCCCGUGUACAAGAAGGGUGAUCGAAAGAUGUCAACAAUUAUCGCGGCAUCUCAUCCUUGUGCGCUGCAUCCAAAUUAUUCGAGCUAG